AUGAAACGUCAGAACGUACGUACGUUGUCACUGAUCGUGUGCACACUCACGUAUCUAUUAGUAGGAGCCGCCGUAUUCGACGCACUCGAAUCCGACAACGAAUUACAGCAGGUUAGUUUGUCAUUGCAAAACCUUUCCAUUCGAUCAAUCAAUCAAUAUUUAUGUGUAUAA